UUCCCACAGGUUCUUCCUCCUCCCCCAGUCACUGCUGCUGCUUCUUCAACCUUGCCGCGUGCACCAUGCAGCCCCCUCACCUCCUCCUCUUCCUCUUUCUGCCGAUCCUCCUCCCUGGGAUGUGGGCAGACCCAGAGGAGCCACAGGUUAUCCAGUACCUCCUGACUAGCCUCUUCGCCAACAUCAGCUCUGCUGAGGUGUCAUGUGUGGCACUUGUAGGGGACAUAGCCAUCUUUACACUGGAUCCGGCCGACUGGAGCAUCCACUUCCACUGGCCCUGGGUCAGCCAGGCUGCAGCUGAAGAUGAUGGGGAAAAGAUGAUGUCCCAGUACAAAAUUGCUCUGCGCAAUAUGAUCCGAUUUGUGCACGACACAGUUCAGCAGACAAAACAACACUACCCCUUGGUGGUUCAGUUCCGUGCAGGCUGUGUGCUGUACCCCAAUACGACGAGCCAGGGCUUCCUGAAUGUUGGCUGGGAUGGCAGAGACCUCGUAGCUUUUGAGGUAGAUAAACAGGGCUGGGAGGCCCAGCAGUCAUCCCAGAUGGCAGAGCUGGUCAGCAACAGCCUCAACAGGCAGAAGUCUCUCAGAAUACUUCUGGAGCACCUUCUCUCUAUCUGGGUAUGCCAGAGCAACUUCCUCACCCUGAAGAGGUAUGGGAAGGAAAUUCUAGAGAGACAAGAGCUGCCUGUGGCCACGGUCUUUGCCCGCACCCCCAACCUAGACCAGCUGCUGCUUGUUUGCCAUGUCACUGGCUUCUACCCCCGUCCCAUCAGCGUGGCCUGGCUGCGGGAUGGCCAGGAGGUGCCUCCGGGCCCGGCGCUCAACACCAGCACCAUCCUGCCCAACGCUGACCUCACCUACCAGCUCCGCAGCGUCCUGGCCGUGGCCCCCCGUGAUGGGCACAGCUAUGUCUGCCGUGUGCGCCACCACAGCCUGGGCACCCGCAGCCUUCUCAUCCCAUGGGAAAACCACAGUGCAGCUCCAACCAUAAGUAUCACCAUUGCAGUGCUGGUUCUUGUGGCCACAGCCUUUGCUGGGGGUUUUUGGUGGUGGAAGCGCAGGAAAGGUAACGAGGCUACAUGGGAGACCCAGGAAUUCAUCAUUUGAGGCCUUGCUGCCCACACAGCAACAGCUGCUUGCUCUCCGUUCUUACUUUGUGCCCCACCCCUGACCCAUCAGCACCAACACGAUUUUGUUCUGGAAAACAACUGCAUUAAACAGCUAUGAACUUCUUCUGAUACAUAUG